CGAGCUGCUUCCUCCGUGUCGGGGUGGAGGUGCGAGGCGAUGCGACUCAACUAACUGCGCAUGCCUCGCAUCCACCACCUCUUCAACUGACUCUCACAACACAACUCAUGCUUGAAAGCGACCCACCGCCUGCGUACGCGCCCCGGCGCCCGCGCGACCUCGCCCUCCCCGGCCGACGCCAUUUCCCCGCGUGGCUCGCGGACGACGGGUUCGCGGGCACAAAGCCGCUCGCCGAGACAUGGUACCAGCGCGUCGUGGAAAGGACGCACGCCGACCCGCGCGUAGUGUACGAAGCCGCGGAGCCGCGCCUCCUCAGCCCGGGUGCGCUGUGCAGCAAGCGGGUGUACUUCCUCGAAUUCGGGUGGUGCGGGGGCACGAUGCAGCGCGGCGCGCUCGUGCGCGCCUGGCGCGCGCUUCUCGCCGCGCACGACGUCCUCUCCCGCGCGCGCUGCGACGUGUGCGCGAUUGUUGACGAGCUCGAGCCUCCGCCUGCCGCUGCACAAUCUGUUGCCACCGACACCACCCUCGCCCCCACCCCCGCCGAGAAGACGCCCCUCUCCGACCUCCGCAAGCGCAAAGCUGCGCUCUUCGUGCACCCCUUCCACGGCCUCGCGGCCGUCAUCUCCGCCCUAGAGGGCGCAAUCAGUGAGUCGCCGCUCGCGCUAACCAGUGAUGAUGGACCAGGACUUGUGCGCCCUCGGCGCGCUUGAGCGUGCCGGCGCGCUGCCGGCGCACUGGGCGCCGUCGCCCGCUGUCCGCGACGUGCUUACGUCGCGUCGCGGGGCGGGAGUCGGCGGGGGGGAAGUGAGCGAGCAUAUAUUCCGCCUCGCGGCAGCGGCGGACGGCGUCGGGGCCCAUCCCCGGAUCCUGGCGGCUGUGGAGGCGGCGC